CGACUCAAUCAAUUUUUGGCCAGUUGUCGUUGAGCUCUGGACGUGUUCGGAUCGGGAUUCCCAAGAUCGAGAAGAUAUGCUGCGACGAAUACUUCUCAUCCUUUUUCUGGCCUUCGAAGUGAGGGGAGCCUGCGAUCGAGUACCUCAAGGCGCCAAUGGUGAACGAUCCGCGGUGGAUGACAAUUUCCAGAUCCUCAUUGAUGGCAAUCCAGAGACCUACAUACCAGAUCAUCAGUACAAUGUUUCGUUAUCCUGUCCCUUCAACUUGAAGUUCCUCAGCUUCACUCUGGUCAUAGAGAGCGAGGAUCCAUCUCUUAGCUUAAGUGGCGUGGAUACAAUUGGUCACUUUGAGCUCUUCAGCACCACUGAUACCAAGUUCGCCUCCGGAUGCGAGAACAUGGUGGAGAGCACCAACACAAACGCCAAGAACAGUAUUAAGGUGUCCUGGGUGGCCCCACGUAAUCCCGAGAGUGGAUGUGUCUUGAUCAAGGCCGGCAUCGUUCAACAUCGAGAUGUUUGGUUCAUAGACGAUGGCUUCUUAACCAAGCGGAUUUGUCCCGAAGAGAUUGAUGAGCUUAACAUCUUGACACCACCUUUGGAGAACUGCUGUGCUUGCGAUGAAGCCAAGUACGAGAUCGUUCUAGAACGAAAGUGGAACAGGAACACGCACUCCAAGUACUUUCCCGCCGAAGCUUGGCGAACCCGAUUCGGUGAAGUAAUUGGAGCGUCUCAUAGCCACAGCUAUCGGUACUGGGCCUACGGCGGAAGAGCUAGUCAGGGAAUGAAGGAAAUGGCCGAGCACGGAUCCACCAGAACUCUAGAGAACGAGAUAAGAGAGAACACUCAGAAUGGCAACGUGCGGACGCUAAUAAAAGCUCCUGGAAUAUCACAUCGGUUGAACGUCUGGGGAACUACCCUGGCCAAUGCACGGGUAGAUCCUACUCACCAUCAGAUCUCGCUGGCCACCAAGGUUGAUCCUUCACCGGAUUGGAUAUUGGGGGUGGCAGGACUGGAGCUAUGUCUGAGCAACUGUACCUGGCUGGAACGCAAGGUCCUAAACCUUUUUCCCUGGGAUAUUGGCACCGAUUCAGGACCAUCCUAUAUGUCGCCGGAUCAGCCUCAGAUUCCUCCGGAUGUGAUACGCCGCAUAACCUCCUCGUAUCCCAGUGAUUAUCGUUCGCCCUUUUAUGAUCCUUCAGGGGUUCCACUGAAACCCCUUGCCACUCUUUAUUUGACCAGAAAAAAACUUUACGUUCGGGAAUGUGACGAAGUUGCCCAGGAAGGACCCCUGGAGUGUGCUGUGCAUCCCUGGAACGAAUGGACCCAAUGCAGUACUCGUUGUGGGUCUGGGCUUUCGCAGCGCCAACGCAGCUACAAGAAUCCCAGCCUGGCAGCCAACUACAACUGCAAUACUCGCCUGGAGGAGACUCGCCAGUGCCAGGGAACACAAUGUGGUCGAAUGGAGGAGAAACUGCCUGAUGAAGAUGCAGGAAGAGACAUGGAAAGCCCUUUCGGAGGCGGCUCAUCAGCGGAGUGCCAGCUUAACAGGUGGAGUCCGUGGUCACCCUGCUCCAAAACCUGCGGCAGAGGGAUUUCCACUCGCACCCGCGACUACUAUAAUCCUCAGGCCAGGCAGAAGUGUUUGUCCGUGAUGCGGCUACCCCUGGAAGAAAGUAGAGAAUGUGUGGGGUCCAACUGUGGUGGCACCAUUCCCGACAUGGGUGAAAUGGAUGCUCUGCCGGAAGCGGAUCCUUUCGGUGAAGUAGACCAGGGUGGCUUCGACUCUCGGAGACCUUCAUGGAACAAUCGGCAGGAUAUCUCCAAUCCCUCAUCCGGUAUUCAAAGCUGGAACAGAAAGGGUUACAACUCGAACUUGAACAAUAACAAUAGACCGCCUUACGAUGAGGGGGAUAGCUCACGAGAAUCCCUUUACGGUCAGGGCAACCAGGAUCGAACCUCUUUUAAUAGUCCUCCCAGCAAUAGGGGCUACGAUUCCAAUCGGCGACAGCCUCUGGAUUCGGGAUUCCUCCCCUCCAAUAGCUAUAGCAAUGACAAAUUAGUAAGCAACCGACCAGGCUUCGAUUCGAAUCAAGGUUAUAGCAACAAUGAUUAUUCCACGCCCUAUCAGAGACAGGAUUUUACCACCAGAUCUCCUUAUGGAGGGCGAACCUUCAUCAACCAACAAACCUUCGAAGACAACAACAGCGAAGGGAAUGAAAGCUUCAAUGUUGUGCAGGACUACUGCUUCCAAAAGCCAUAUGACUAUGAACAUCCUUGUUUUGCCCACCCUCUGGUGGUGAGCAAUUACUGGUUCUAUGAUAGCGAUGACCGUGAGUGCAAGAUCUUCACGACCGACAACUGCGAUGAGAACAAGAACCGCUUUCGAACUCUGAUGGCCUGUGAGGGCACCUGUUUGCAGCCUCACAGCGCUAUGGAGCGCCAGGAAAACAAUCAGUUGGAUGAGUAUGCUGGAAGAUCUUAUAAUCAGCCAGCAGCAGGUUGGAGAGGACCCAGUAGCCAACCCAGGGGAUCAUCGUACAAUUCAAGAGCAUCCUUCAAUGUUGAUAAUCGAUUUGGGGAGGGAGGAGGAGAAUCCUAUAGCCAAACGAGGGAGUCAAACUUCAGAUCCAGAUUCCCAGAAACGUCAAAAGCCUCAUCCAACUAUGGAACUCAAUUGGGCAUGGGAGGAGGUGAAUCCUACAGCCAAACUAGGGCCAGAGAAUACUUCGACCAAAGAGACGAACCCGAAGAAAUAGCUGGAAAUAUUGAAGAGCCCAUGACGCAAACGAGGAACAGAUACGACUUUCAGAGAAGAGGUCGCUAUGGUGGUUAAAAAACUAUAAUAUUUUUAAUAAAUAUAAGAUGGAAAGAACCAA